AUGCAUUUCCUCUCUCUCGCUCUCGCCUUGGGUGCUUUCUAUAUCCAAACUGCUCAAGCAGCCCCGGCCCCUACCGAAGCACCCUCCCCUACAAUCACCAGCCCUCCCAGUACCACCACCUUCACCUCCACCGCCACUUGCAGCUUCAGUCGCUGUGUUGAUUACAUCGACUCCUGCGGCCACACCUACGGCGGGUGUUUCCUCGAUCCACAGUGUGGAGGCACAAUCCCGGUAUUCCACCCACCGAAUUGCCCAGUCACAGAUGCUACUGUUGAGCCCACUUCCGUAACUACAACACUGGCAUGA